CUAUGGUUCUCCAUUUAUUUGUGAAUUGUGAAUUUGUUGUUUUUCAAUGAAACAAGCUUAGAUUUGUGAUUUUAUAUUAUUAUUUGUGGUUCAUAUUAAUACCCCGCUUGGAGAAACGCGUCUCCAUGCAUUUACAUUUCUCUAAAAUGUGUUGAAUAGACUGUGUGUGAUUAAUUGUAAGAAGCCAAGAUGAGCGCCGAUCAGCCGGAUCUCUUAUUCUUCGAUACUUUCUCCCACGACACUAGCGAGGAACUAAAUCUUGAUCUUGUCCAAUUUCCAAAAUCAGUCUAUGUGCGAGAGAUCCGUAUCAUACCAUUGGGAGCUCGAGUGGAAGGUGAUUUCCCUGGCGGAGUGAGGCUUGGGGCUACCAACCCCACCAAGUUCCACAUAGACUUCUUUGUGAAUGACCUGAGUAAACCUGGGGCUUGUACGUUUGAAGCCCUGGGCAGUAUUGACUAUUGCCAGAAUGGGCAGAUUCAUAUGGAAUGCAUGUCAAAUGUGGAACAGCCGAGAAUACCCACUGAUGGACUAGUUCUUAGAGGCUGGUACACAACAAUCACACUUGCAGUUUACGGCAACUUAACACAAGUAUUACCUGACACUCCCGUGGUAGCCGUCAACCCUCCACCGAUCAUUCAGAGACCUGUCACUCGUGAAGUCAGCGCUCUACCUGCUAAUGUGCCACAAUCAUCAGACUGGAAUCCAGAACCUUCCAAUCCAAUCCCAGCAUACACUGGAAAUGUUAGUGUUCCUGCAAGCAACCCAGAAGCAUAUGGAAGUAACUACCCAGAAAAUUAUGAUAAUCAAAUGUACAGAAAUGAAUAUUAUGAUAAUGAACCUCCUAAAGAUCCAAGGACCUACCAUCAUAUGGAAGAUAAUGAGUGGGAGAAGGAGAGAAGAGAUAUUAGCAUUGAAAGGGAAGGAGAUAGAUUAAGACAUAGUCCUAGACCUUUGGAAAUAGACAGAGACAGAGAGAGACGCGAAGGCAGAAGUCGCCGGCGCUCUAUUGAAAGAGGAAGAAGUCGUGAAUCAUCGAGAUUACGUGACAGAAGUCGGGAGUUAGAAAGACUACAUUCAAGGUCAAGAAGUCGCGAAAGAGAAUUCGUUGUUAAAGGCGAAUAUAGACCUCUAAGUCGUUCGAGAUCUAGAAGCGCUGACCGAGAGUGGGAUAGAGGGUCAUACAAGAAGGAUGAUUACCGUCGGAACCGCGAUGCCUCGUACGACAGAUCCCGUGGGGGUUCCUAUGAACCGCGUUCUCCGUACGACAAAAGACCUCCAUCUUACGAAAGAAAAAUACCAUAUGACAAAAUUGCUCCUUACGAAAAAAGAUUGUCACCUUUUGAUAAACGCAGUUCGUCCUACGAACGUCGCGCUCCUUCCUACGACAAACAAACGCCAUUCGACAGAAAGAGACACUCUCCUUACAACCGCAUCAGAGAUUCCAGUUAUGGAAGUAGAUCCCCAAGUCGGGAUGACCCUAGAAAACGCCCUAGAACACCCCCUGGAGAAAGACGACCGAUGUCUCCAAGGGAAGGAGAAAACAGUCCCAUUAACUCUGUCAGAUCGGAAGAAGGUCCCGAAUUUGAUAGAAGCGGCAAACAAAUACCGCGCAUAGACUUCUACCACCAAAGCUACAGACAUAAGAGCUGUAUUAGAAGUCCUUCGCAAGAAGUCGAUACAGCUUUUGUAGACCCACAACACUCUACGUUAGUCACAGUACCAAUUGUAGACACGGCUGUGCCGAAAGUGAUUGAAUCACCAAGCUGUGUACCAGAAGACGAUCGAUCAAUGGAUGCUGAGCCUUUCGAGCCAAUUUUAUCAGAUGAAGAUAUCUGCGAUGAUCUAGAUGGCAAUUCUUACAUGGAAGCUGAUUAUGACUUGAACGAAUACUGUGGUGUUGAUGAUAUAAUCAAAUACUACAAUCCAUUUAAAGAUGAGUGGAAGACAUACGAACAUGUUAAUAAAAUCACUUGCCUUGCUGAUGUUAAAAGUGACACCAUUAAAGAUGUAAUGAAUGCUACUUUCGACGAGCUAUGUGACGCUAGUCCAGAUUUGUCGAAGAUAUACGAAAUAACUAUUGCAGCGAAAAGAAGAGAGCAAAAAUUUUUUUCUAAUACAUUUCUGGAAAUUGAUAAUACUUCCAGGGAAGAUUGGGUGUUGCAAUGUGAACAGCUGUAUGUAUCGCUCACAAGCCUGUGUAAAAACACUGACAUAAUCCUCAGACUGUUUCGUAAUUAUAAUAGAAUGGAAUCGUCUGAUGAAUUUACCGAUAUUCAUAACUUCCUCGUAACUUUCUGCAGAAUCGGGUUAAAUUAUGAAUUUGCGUUAGCCCAACAGCAACCUACUUACAAAAUAAGGCACAUGAAAUGCGGUAUUCGCCUGGCAGAAGCUUUGAUGUCACAUCGACAUUCUGGACAGGUAAUGAAGACGCUACUGAACAAUGGCAUAAACAUGACAAUGCAAUUAAUUGAGAUGUAUUCUAAAGAAUAUAUGGCAUUGAGUAUUCGUCUGAUGAUACUUAAAGCUUUGAACGUCUGUUUGUCUUCAAAGGAAGCAAUAGACCAUUUCAUGCAAGAUGCUGUAUACCCAAAGUUUGAUAAGAAAGACACUGAUAAUUCUAGAAAGUCUAUGAAUGGUUACCAGGCUUUGAUUGCAAUGAUGCAAGCGAAUCCUUUAGGAAGAAUUAAGUUUUCCUUGAGCGCACUUCUCAAAAAGUUUAAUAUUUACGAAGUAUUAGAGAAAUUACACCAUUUGGUAUUCAAAUUCAACAAUAAUGCAGCAGAAAACAGUCAUCCGGAAGAUACAGAAUUAUCUGAAAAGGAAAUGAACUUUAUCGUGGAAUCUUUCGAAGAGAUUCUUUACAUGUAUAGAUCUCAUUGCUUUCAUAUUUCUCAACCGAAAAAGUUUUUGCCUGCAUCAGCCCAAUUUGAAAUUAACAAGGAAUGCUCAAAUGAAAUACUCCUACAAUUUUUUGAAAUUCAUCGCAUUUUGGAAGUAUGUUUGUACUUGUUGACUUGCCCAACAACAUGUAACAAUUUGGUAAUUACCAGUCCAAUCCAUGAUUUGAUAUUCGAGUUGAUUAAUUCACAAAACGGAUUAAACUUUCUGUAUAGAAAUAUGGAGAAGUGUGAGUUGAUAUUUAAGGUUUUGGAACAUCCUUUUGGACAGCAAAAUUCUGAGGAGACCCCAUAUCCUCAUGAUACUACUAUUAGUAAUUAUAGUGAUUUACAAAUCGCGGGUCUCGAAAUGGCAUAUAGAUUAAAAGCAUUAUAUUAUUUGAAGUCUAUCAGUGAUCUGCAAGCGGGAAAAAUGGAGGACAAUGAACUUAUCGAUAGACUGCAGUCUUUAUACUGUUUGAGCUUUGGCAGUAUUGGCAAAACUGCAGUCCCCAACGUUAUUGUCAUGGGAGACAACCCAGAAUGUCUUAUGAAGGUGUUUGAAAACGAUCUUAAAAUUAAAAGUAAAAGUGAUUUGCCGUCUAAACAAAAAUCGCCAGCCAAAGGAUACGCCAUAGAGCUAAUAGUCUCUGCUGUCAGAUACGCAGCUAAUGUCCCGUUUUUGAAGAAAUACGGUCAAAGAUUGAUUAACGUUUCGAAAGACCACGAUAGAUUUGAGCCUAGCGUUUCGAGUGUUUUACAAGAAGUGAUCCCGUAUUUGAAACCUACUGAGAAACCAGAUGUUUUGUCAGGCGACGAUUUGGUUGAAUGUGUCGAGAUACUGAAAGCCAGUCUAGAACAUUCUGCAGAUUUACCUGGCGAGCUAAUGACUUGCCUGAGAAUAUUGCGCCAUUUCUGCAUAUCUGAUUACGAGAAAAACGUUUCAAUUGUUUGCGAAUCUCCAAUUGAAGAUUAUGUGGAAUUGAAAUACAAGUAUAAUGUACUACAAUUGUUUUCUUUGGAUGGUGUAGCUCAUAUAUCUGGAAUAUUAGAUCGUUUGGCCACACAUUUCGACCAACCAAGCAUGCAUACAUCUUUCUUUGCUUCGGUCAGAGGAUUGCAGUUGGCUCAAAUGUUGCUGCCUUGCUUGAAUUUAUUGGACGACAUGUUAGCAAGAGUGGUUCGUUGUCGAGGGCCUAGAUUCAGGGAUUUAACUGCUGCCCCCAUCAUUUUGAAGACUUAUGGAAUAGCAAAAACGUUUCCAGUCGGUUCUAUUGGAUACAGAACGGCUGCAAAAGCCGCCGAGGCAGCCGUAAGAGCAUUGCUAUCUUACGCUCAACCUAUAGCCGAUGACGCAAAGGAUGGGGACUCUAUACGCCGUGGUCCAUGGACUUCUCUAUGCUCCGAAGUAAUUUCUUACAUAAUGACUGCCCCAUAUACAUUUGUCCCUGGUCUAUUAAUAUUUUCUGAAUUACUACCCUUACCUCUACCGAUGCAAACGAGAGCAGCCCCUUCCGACAGAGAAUUAGCUGAUGCGGCAAAUGAGAGACGCAUGUGGUCCGCACAUUUGCAUGCUUUGUCAAAUGAUUUGACGGAUAUGAUACAGAUCAUAUGCAUGUCGACAUAUAGACCUGUCGUUCAUAUGCUGCGUCGAGUAUGUGUCCAAAUUGCUGAUCUGGCACCUAAUACCGCUGCAACUGUAGCUAGAGCAGCCGUUGGGGCCGUUAUGCGAGAAUUGAAGGAAGGGGAAUCGGCUAAUACUAGUCUAGCGAGAGUGUUAGGAUUUCUAGCAUGCUUAGUCUCUCAUGCUCCAGUCAAAUGUGCCGUUUUACACACAAUGAGUGCAGGGGGACCCAAAUCGAAUGAAGUGCAAACUGUUCUGUGCAACAUCCUCAGCGUGGCAAACGCAUCGAGUGAUCAUGUCACUGCCCAGGAAUAUGUUGCUCAUGCUUUAGCAGCAUUCUGUGAUGCUGAAGUAACUUUAACACCACUAACUUCUGCUUCAGAAGUGGUAUUAGGGAAUUCUUUGCCUAAUAAAGAAUCACUAGUAUCCUUCUUGGACGCUACCGCGGCGUGCCUCGAAUCUUUGACUAAAUCAUGUGCUGUGGCGGUGUCAGUUUUACGCGCAUAUUUCGUUUUGACCGAACAUGAAUAUGGAUUUCAACAAUUUCGGAAAUAUGUGACGAGGAAACGGGAAAGUCUUGGGAAGUACUUCAAAUGGGCUCUGGAAGGGUCUGGAGAGGAGAGAGCGGAGUGCUUGAACUUGUACAUUGAUCUGAUAAGGAUUUUGAAAGUGGACUUUGGGGAGGGCGCUUUGGGCAGAAAGAGCGUUCUGACGUUGAGUGAAAUGGCUGACAUGGUCGGAUAUACGUCCUCGGAUGAAGACCCUGUUAUGUCUUUGGAAAAGAUUUUGAAGGAAAGAAACUCUGAUGAAGAAGUCCUAUUCAACGCGAACUUCCUGAUAACCCACUUACAAAAACUAAAGUCCUCUGAAGAAGCACCUCCUAAUGAAGCUUCAGACUUCAUUCUGCCUUGCCCAGAGCCUCUAGUGGCGCAGUUUGCAGCUCGGCAGAUAUAUUGCAUUGGGGACGCGAAUGAUGAACGCCUGACUACUGGGUACUGGUUGAACGUGCCCUCUGCUAGCGGGGAAGACGAUGUUCAUGAUAACGAACUGGUAUCGUGCGAUGUUAUGGACAUAGCCAACAGCCACUUGUCGGGAGGGGCGGAGUUCCUGGCGGCCGGCGUGCGGCGCCUGGCAGGCUGCCUCGACGCGCGCCCCGAGGCCAUGCCCUGCGACGACAAGAGACCUGCCGUGGCUCUGAGCAGAGUGCGCGCGGAGGGCGGCGCGGACGCGUUCCGCUCGCGGCCGCCCAACACCUCGCGCCCGCCCUCGCUGCACGUGGACGACUUCACCGCCCUGCAUCAGCCCUACUCUCUGCCGAUAAACAGGGGCGUGCGUCGUGGAUCGGGUACGGAGCGCGGCCGGUUCGGAGCCCCGCAUGCACACUAUAGGCAUCUUCGCGGCCGCGGCGCGUGGGAGGGAGCGCAACACUUCGGCCACUUCGCGCCCGCGCACUACGUCGCAUCGGGUAUGGGGUGGGGCGGCGCGCGGAUGCAGCGCGGCCCGCGGCAUCGCUCCUUCAUGCGAUAGGCGACCGCUAGAUGAUACCUACAUGCUAAAUGUUAAGGAAAUAAAUACUUGUACACUUA